AAGAACGUGCCGGAGAGCACGCGCGUCGCUGCAUGGGCUCCGUGGAUGACUGCGUCUCCAGCCUUGAAAGCGAUGUCCGCUUGCAACCGACAGCCGAGUUCCGUGGUGGGCGUGAGCGACAUGUUUGGCAAGGAGUUCGUGGUGGAGAGCGUGCUCGAGUACCUGGGCAUCGAGGAGCUCUUCGCGGGCGCCGAGGUGAACCGGCUGUGGCAGUCGGUCGCUCUGUCUCUGCUGAGGAAGAGACUGAUCUCCGUAUCCAUCCGCUGUUCACCGGAAUCGGAGCAGCCGAGCCCAGAGCCAGUGCUGCACAUGCUUCACGCAUGCGCAGAGAUCCUGCGCUCGAAGUUCACUCGCUACCGCAAGAUCGCGCGCCUGGCCGGCACGCGCCCAUCACUUGUGUUCCUGUCCUAUCACGCCGACCGGGACGAGGACGGGAGGGCCCAUCGUCGUCCUCUGGCUGCCGAGCCAGGCGCAGGCGCGUCGUUCCGAAUUCGAGCCGCCAGGUGUUCCGGUUGCUGCGGCUGCUGCCCCAGUCGGUGGAUCGCUGCCGGCGCUGCCUGCCGUCCAGCCACGCCACCGCAUUCCAUCGACGAUCCGAAACAGUGGCGCCGCCUCCCACAACGUGCUGCCGGGCGCGCUCGUGUUCGAAGCACUGCACGUGACCGAAGGCGCCCUGGAGGCGGACGUCGCCAGUGCCCGAUUCACGGAGGAGGCCACCGGCAGAAUCAUACAGCGCGAUGCAGAGCAGCCGGCUGGAUUCGUUUAUGCGCAGCCUGGGCGAGAAUUUCGGUCCCACGACCGACACCAUCGCGGUGGCAUCCCCGCGCAACUGGGACGAAGCCCGACUCGAGCUCGAGGCCUUCGAGCGCAACUUUCCGAGAGUGCUGGCCCUGGCCAAUCAAGCCCCGGAAUUCAACGUGGACGAUCAGUUCGCCCCAAUCGGGCGCUUGAAGCUCAUACUGCUGCUUAUCAAGCUGCUCAACUGAAUAGGUUCGAGCAAAGGAUGUGAGCUUGGCCGCGAGGCACACCGUGAGACGACGGCCGUGUCAAUUAUAAGAGUUUGUCUCGCGAAACAAGGAAAAAUGAAAAGCGCAAACAAGAAGUCUGUGAUCUACUUUCAGGAUAUCGUACUUUAGUAUUUCCUAAUUAUUCUUUUUUUAUGUUAGAGCUACUGCGCAGUCUCGAUGCACAAGUACACGAUUCAAGCAGAGCACGUAUGCAGCGCGUGGAAAGAAUUCAGCGCUACGCGCAUAGAUAAUCCCGAGACGCGAAGAGAACAGCUGAGCACUCUCAUUUGCCUCAACACCGAGAUGAACGUAUGAAAUGUGCCGCCGGGCUAUCCUUUAAGCAUGAACUGUGUAAUAUUCUCUGAGUCAUUGCCAAGAUGAUACGGCGUCCUUGAUUAGCAUGUCAUCUGGUAUUAUUCAAAAGAUAUUUCGCAAUUAAUUUUCUUUGUUGGCGGCACAACCACCGAGGUGAAAUCGGCAUCAACAUUCUCGGGAAGCUGACGGCAAGUAUAGGAUUACAUCACUCCGCGAGCAUCCAUCCUCGUGGUUGUCUCUCUACGAGUGGCACCAUGCUAGAUUACCGUAUUGGUAAACGAAUGAUUACAGCA